GCCACGGCGCCAGCGGCCUCGGCGCGAUAGCCUGCGGGCUGGGACCCAGAGUCGGGCACCCAGGCCCAGACGCACCGAAGCGGUCGCGUGGGAGUUUGUCCGAGUGCGAGCGCGUGUGAGCGCGGCCCCAGCGGGGUUCGCACGGAGAGGCGCCUGGAAUAUGAUAGCCGUCCGCUGAGUUUCCGGCGGUGACUUCGAUUCUUGGCAAAUACUCACAAUAACCAUACCGAGCCCCGGGGCUUGCCACCGUCGGGCACAGACUCCGUGAGCCCGCACACGGCUGCGACGUCCACCACCGGGCCCUGAUUGCCAACCCCAAACGAGCAGAUGGAAAAAUCCAAAAAUUUCCGCAUCGACGCCCUGCUGGCGGUGGACCCCCCGCGAGCCGCCUCCGCGCAGAGCGCCCCGCUGGCCUUGCCGUCUGAAGGAGCGGCAGAGGACGGGGCGGGCCGCGGCCUCACACCUGCUCGGUCCUCAGCCCAGGCGCAGUCCAACCUCCUGGGGAAGUGCCGCCGGCCGCGCACGGCCUUCACUAGCCAGCAGCUGCUGGAGCUGGAGCACCAGUUCAAGCUCAACAAGUACCUGUCCCGGCCCAAGCGCUUCGAAGUGGCCACCUCGCUCAUGCUCACCGAAACCCAGGUGAAGAUCUGGUUCCAGAACCGGCGGAUGAAAUGGAAGCGCAGCAAAAAGGCCAAGGAGCAGGCGGCGCAGGAGGCCGAGAAGCAGAAGGGCGGCAGCGGGGGCGCCUGCAAAGGCGGCGCCGAGGAGAAGGGCGAGGAGGAGGUGCUGGGGCCGCCGGCGUCUGGGGACAAGGCCAGCGGCCGUCGCCUGCGGGACUUAAGGGACAGUGACCCCGAGGAGGACGAGGACGAGGACGACGAGGACCAUUUCCCCUACAGCAACGGCGCCAGCGCCCACACCGUCUCCUCCGACUGCUCCUCGGAGGAGGACUCGCCGCCCCCGCGGCCGGGCGGGCACCAGCCCCCGCCCCAGUAGGAGUCCGGGGCCGGCGCCCACCCUCCUCGGACCAGCCAUCCGUCUGCGCGGGGCCUGGGGCUUCCCUUCUGGGUCAGGGCGUUCUGACAGCGCUAGGGAGACCCGGCGGCUCCAGGUGGAACCGUGGUUCUGUUAAUUUGGGGUAGUGUUGGCGGGAGGUGUUUGGGAGGCCUCCCGUCUCCCGCGUCUGAGAAGGCGGAAACCGACAGUGUUAAAUGACCUCUGAAACUUGAAACCUUCUCUGGAAAUGCCAUUCUGAUGAGUAUUGGAAAGGGUUUUAUGCUGAUGUAUCUUAUGGGGAGAAACGUGUGCCAUGAGCAAACUGCUGGGAAUUUCAGAACUGUACUGUCUUUAUUUUUGUAUAUUGUAUUUAUAUAUAAAGAAAGAACCGUCUACUUAUGCAUGCUAAAUUAUUAUUU